GAUAAGGCCGCGCUCGCGCGCUUCUCUACCACCGCCCGCGACCGCGAUUACCCGCCAUGGCUUCCCCGCCGUCGCAGGCCACCGCCGCCGCCGCAGCGGCGGCGUACGGAUGCUGUCAGCGCAUCCUCCUCGCCUCGACCUCCCUGCCGGCGACGGGGAGGCGCACCCGCCUCGGCCUCACGCUCCGCUCCUCCCGCCCUCUCGUUGGGCGUAGGAUCAGGAAUCGAAGGUUUGCGUGCCAAGCAAUGACUGAGACUGAGCCUGAUGGCAAUGGCGACGAGGAGAAAGAAGAGCUUGGAGAUGACGCUUCAUCACCUUCAGUUGAUAGUGCGACACAAGAAAAUGGAUAUGCAGAAAGUGACUCUAAUGCAGAUAAUACGAAAGACGAAACUCUGAACUCCAGUGACACAGUUCAGAACAUUGAUGCAGAUGCUACUGCGGCCAAUGAUGCACAGGACAAGGUGGAAGUUGUUGAUGUUGCUGUCGGUUCACCUUUGCCAGGAAUGAAGCAACAACUUGAUGAAUCUGUUAGGAUCCCCAAGGCUACAAUAGACAUUCUCAAGGAUCAAGUUUUUGGUUUUGACACGUUUUUUGUGACCAGCCAGGAGCCUUAUGAGGGUGGAAUACUGUUUAAGGGCAAUUUGCGUGGCCAACCAGCGAAAAGUUAUGAGAAGAUCACAAACCGGCUGCAGAACAAAUUUGGUGAUCAAUAUAAGGUUUUUCUUCUCAUUAACCCAGAGGAUGAGAAGCCAGUUGCAGUAGUUGUACCUAGGCAAACGUUGCAGCCUGAAACUACAGCUGUCCCAGAGUGGUUUGCUGCUGCUUCAUUUGGAGUAGUUACCAUCUUCACCCUGUUGCUCCGAAAUGUACCUGUACUACAGGACAACUUGCUAUCAACAUUUGACAACCUUGAGUUAUUAAAAGAUGGAGUUUAUGGCGCCCUAGUUACUGCAGUCAUAAUAGGCGUUCAUGAGAUUGGACAUAUUCUUGCUGCUAGGGAUACUGGAAUCAAGCUUGCCGUACCAUAUUUUGUUCCUAGCUGGCAGAUAGGAUCUUUUGGUGCUAUUACCAGAAUUAUCAAUAUUGUCCGCAAUCGUGAGGACCUACUGAAGGUAGCAGCUGCUGGACCAUUGGCAGGGUUCUCCCUAGGAUUUGUUCUUUUGCUGCUGGGCUUCAUCUUACCUCCAAGUGAUGGCCUUGGUCUUGUGAUAGAUCCCUCAGUAUUUCAUGAGUCAUUUCUUGUUGGCGGUCUUGCGAAGCUUAUUCUUGGAGAUGCUCUAAAAGAAGGAACAAAACUGUCCGUCAAUCCACUGGUCUUAUGGGCCUGGGCUGGUCUCCUGAUUAAUGCCAUCAAUAGCAUCCCUGCAGGAGAGCUUGAUGGCGGCCGCAUAGCAUUUUCCAUGUGGGGAAGAAAGAUAGCAACUCGAAUCAGCAGCUUCUCCAUUGGAUUGCUUGGAAUCUCAGCACUCUUCAACGACGUCGCGUUCUACUGGGUGGUGCUGAUCUUCUUCUUGCAGAGGGGACCAAUAGCUCCUCUCUCUGAAGAAAUAACAGAACCUGAGAACAACUACAUCAGCAUUGGUGUAGCCAUUUUGCUCUUUGGACUUCUAGUCUGCCUACCCUACCCAUUCCCCUUUGAUGCAUCACAACUAACUGAUUUUGACUUGUGAAGACAAAGAAACAGUCACAGGUCACAACUCACGAGCCUCAUCAUCCUCCAUAGUGCUUGCUUCUGUGAGAUACUGAGAUGUAUGUAACAUUGUCGGCUCCCUAUUUUGUUUGUCUUAGCCUUUGUCAUAAGGGUUUGGGGCCUAUGAGCUCCAUUGCUCCUUGCAGUAGCAGAAUAAAAUGCAGGAGCUUUUCCUGUGGUAGCUCAUUUGUUGCUGUAGUAUUUGGUAGCAUGUGUAUUAAAGUAGAAGAGCAUAUUGGCACAUGAUCCUGGAUGUAA